AUGACAGACUCCAGUGCACCUUCACAGGUAUCUCAUACCCACCAGUCUCGCGUAGACGAUGGGAAACUCUCGGAGCAGGUUUUUCAGGAAUCGACUCCAGAUAAGGAUCUGGAACAGCCAAUCGCACCUGAUCAGUUUGAUGUGAGAUACUGUACCACAAAAUGGGAAAUAUGGGCAUACUAUGCUUAUUAUAUUGGAAACAAUGGAUUAUCUCUAUUCAACUUCGGCCCAACUGCAUUCCAAAACCUACUCAGCCAAGCCGCAGGCGAUAGCGGAACCCUCUACUUUGCAGGACGACAGCGUUCCAUCAAUAGUAUCGUACUUCUCAGCAAUGGAAUCUCGUUCGCCAUCCAAGUGGUCAUCUUUCUAGUCAUCGGUAGUUUCGCCGAUUUCGGUACAUGGCGACCCAAUAUCCUGAUCACCCUUUCAAUAAUCGCAUAUGCUAUCGGCUUCGGCUGGCUCGGCGUCCACACGGCAGACAAAUGGCACGUCGGCGUGGGACUGUACAUCGUUGGCUUAAUCGCCUAUCAAACGACGCUGACCUUCUGGACGGCAGCAUUCCCGGGUUUGGCACGCAAUACACCUGAGAUGAAAGCAAAAGCCGAUGCCUACACCGCGGGAACUAUAUCGCGUGAUGAAUACGACCAGGCCGAUACGAUAGAGCGGAGUAGGUUGGCGAACAUGGCUUUCUAUGUCCAGUCCUGUGCCGAGGUGGUCAUCCUUGCGAUUAUUGUGGGUAUCAUGUUUGGAGUGCGUGUCAAUGCAAGUGAGGAAAAUAAUAAUUGGGGCUUGAGUGUUUUGAUUGCCUUUGCGAGUGGUGUGUGGCUGCUCGUUUCGUUACCUUGGUUCUUCCUUGAGAAGCGUCGGCCAGGACAAGAUCCGCAGGGGAGAAAUAUCUUCGUCGCGGGUCUGUGGCAGCUUUAUUAUGCUGCGAAGCAGGUGUGGAGGUUGAAACAGAGCUUGCUUUAUCUUGUUGGAUAUUUCCUCUUGGGAGACUCAUUGAACACAACUGUGACUGUGAUAUCGACCUUGCAGAACAGUGUGGUCUCUUAUAACACUCUGGAAUUGACUUACCUUCUGAUCGCUGGAAUCGCAGCUCAGGCAGUGGGGAUCUACGGCUUCUGGUUCAUCCAGCAACGCUUCAAGCUCGGCACUAAAACCAUGUUCAACACCAUUGCCGUCGCAAUUAUAUUACUCGAUGGCUGGGGCAUGAUAGGCAUCUGGACACAGAAAUUUGGUUUCCACCAUGGUUGGGAGUUCUGGCUCUACCAAGUAUAUUACGGCCUGUUCGUCUGCCCGUGGUAUAGUUACUCGCAAAUCAUGAUCUCCGAAGUCGCACCCCGUGGCCACGACUUCCUCUUCUUUAGUUUAUUCAGUAUCGUUGGCAAGACCUCGUCGUUCAUUGGGCCUCUGGUCUCGAGUGCUAUUAUCGAUGCGACCCCGUCUGGAAACGCCUCGAUGCCAUUCUACUUUCUAUUUGGGCUGAGCGUGGCCAGUUUUGCUGUUUUAGCGAUCUGGCUGGAUCUAAAGAAGAGUCGGCGAGAGCAGGAGCAGUUUCUUCAGGGUAAGGAUGGGAAUGGGUCGGGGGACAUUCCAUCAUGGCCAUUUCGCACACCAUGGUUUUCGCCCGACCACAGCAGCAGAAGGAACCAGUCCCUCCCUGGUGAACCCCCUUGGGAGUCGGUACCCGACUUCACGGCACCAGGACUUAACUGGAACGAUGAUAUGCUAGAGACCCAGUCUGAGCAGCGCCCUGUUGCCGCUCAAGGCCGACCAGAUCCCCUACUUCCUUCGGAUAUGUUGUCGCCAUCGUCGAACACGCUGGUUUCUGUUUCUCUUACGGCGCCGUUCGGUCGAAUCGAAGAGACCGCUCUGGCGAGGCUGUCCAGUCCAUUAAAUGCGUCGUAUACGGGGACCGGGUUCAAUGGUAUUAUGUCUUUUAUUGUUUGGUUGUUCUUUGACCAAUGUGAUCGAAACCAUGACUUACCGGUACCAGGUUAUCCUAUUACUAGUACCCAUGGUGAUAACCACCUCUCCCUAGACUCUCACCAGCAUAGUGUAUCUCAGCAACAGAACCCCGGAUUCAUCAAUAACGAAACUCUACCUUCGAACACUGGCGUCGCAGACUCAUUACCCGCCCAAGAAUACCCAGCUGAGACAUUAUCCCCCGAAGAGUCGAGCAACCGUCGUUCUAAGCGAAAAGCUGGCACCCUCGAACAGGACCCUAGCGAUGAUAAGGCCACAACAGCCAUCAAACGACAGCGCAACACCAUGGCUGCCCGGAGGUACCGUCAGAAGGGACGUGAUCGCAUUGCUGAACUGGAGUAUGCUUUGAGGGACAUGGAGCACGAGCGAAACGAGCUUAGGCUCCAACUGGCCAGGAGAGAGGCGGAGGUAGCUGCUUUGAAGGAGAUGUUGAGGGGGUAG